AUGACCGAAAACCAGAGAGCACAUGUAAGAGCCUUGGUGUUAGAUGCGACCCCAUUAAUUACGCAAUCGUACACACAUUAUCAGAAUUAUGCUCAGUCUUUCUACACUACCCCCACGGUGUUUCAGGAAAUCAAAGAUGCUCAAGCAAGGAAGAACCUUGAGAUUUGGCAAAGUCUCGGAACUUUAAAAUUGAUACACCCAAAUGAAAGUUCGAUAGCCAAGGUCAGUACCUUCGCCAAAUUGACUGGUGACUACUCCGUACUGAGUGCUAAUGAUUUGCAUAUUCUUGCCUUGACGUACGAACUAGAAGUAAAAUUAAAUAAUGGCGAUUGGAGGCUAAGGAAAAAGCCAGGUGAUGCAUUAUUAGACGUACCCAAAACUGGCGAUGAUACAGAUGGCAAUGAUAAGCUCACAGAAAGUAAAAAGGAGGAGAAAUCUGAAAACAUUCCAAAGAAAAAGAGCAAGAGAAGAGGUGGAAAAAAACAAAGGGCAAAAAGAGAGGCAAGAGAAACUGAGGGUUUAUCAUUGCUUGAAAGUAAGGAUGAUAUAAACCCUAAGCUAAACAGUAAAAUAGGAGAGAAUGUUGAAGAGACUGGAACCAAAGAACCAAAUUCCAACAGUUCUGAGAUAAAGGAAUCAUCUGACUUAAAUGAAGAAUUCGAGGAUGCUGAUGAUGAUGGUGAUUGGAUCACCCCCGAUAACUUAACGGAAGCGAUAAUCAAGGAUAGCGGUGAAGAUACAACUGGUUCGCUGGGUGUAGAAGCAUCCGAAGAGGAACGCCAUGUUGCAUUGAAUCAACCAGAGAAUCAAGUAGCAUUGGCAACUGGUGAUUUUGCCGUUCAAAAUGUAGCAUUGCAGAUGAAUUUAAAUCUAAUGAACUUUAUGUCAGGUUUAAAGAUCAAGCGAAUUCGUAAUUAUAUGCUAAGAUGCCACGCUUGCUUUAAAGUAUUUCCUCUUCCAAAAGAUGGUAGGCCAAAACACUUUUGUUCCUCGUGCGGUGGACAAGGUACCUUAUUAAGAUGCGCCGUUUCUGUUGACUCACGCACGGGACUGAUUACACCGCAUUUAAAGUCCAAUUUUCAGUGGAACAAUAGAGGAAAUAGAUACUCUGUAGCCAGCCCCCUAUCUAAGAAUUCGCAGAAAAGGUACGGUAAAAAGGGACACGUGCAUUCGAAACCUCAAGAAAAUGUAAUUCUCAGAGAAGACCAAAAAGAGUACGAAAAAGUGAUAAAGCAAGAAGAUUGGACAAGAAGGCACAACGAAAAGAUUCUAAACAAUUGGAUCGGUGGUGGUUCUGCGGAUAAUUAUAUUUCUCCUUUUGCAAUUACUGGCUUGAAGCAGCACAACAUCCGCGUUGGCAAGGGGAGGUAUGUCAAUAGUUCCAAAAGAAGAAGCUAG